AUUUGAUAUUUCUAGUGCCUUAUGGAAUUUAUAUAGUAUACUUCUAAAAUCGAUAUAUGGAGCAUUGGAUGUAUAUUUGCUGAGGUUCUUUUUUAAAAUUUGGUUAGCUUUAUAUAUGGUAAAUAUUGAGCAAUGGGAGAUCGGAUCAGCAAAAUAUUGACAAGAUCCAUUUGAAAAUGCUUUGAAAACAGAUAAAGCAUUCAGAGCAGCAAGUGUCCCUUCAAUGCCUUUUGAAGACCAAAUGCAUGCAGGUGAAGAACAACUUAGAAUCUUAUGGGCUAAGAAACAGUUAUUGCUAUCAAAGAGAUAUUGUUUGAUAUAUAUGGAUGCUUUGUUCAGUGUUGCUGGAUUGUUUGACUGCAAAUGAGGGGCUUGCACGAUUACUAUGUGGCAUGUUAAGGGUUUUAGCUGAAAGGAUCUAAAAAAUCUCCAAGCACAUACAACAAUGGUAGUGCUACCAGUGCAACUUUAAUAAUUAUGUGACAAACAAGGUGAUUAUGGAUCCAGAAAUUGAUGGUUACAUUUACAAAGUUGAGGACUUUAGGCCUUUAUCACUAGCAUGCGAGAUUGGGAUCUUAGUUUGAUUGGGUUGCUCAAAUCAGGUUUGAAGCUAAAGGUGAAGGUUCAUUCCACCUCUUUUUCAGUUUAAUAUUAAUGGGAAGCUUCUCAUUUUCAUUGGAACCGACCUAUGCACUGAAUAUACAACAGAGAACGGUGCGUAAGACAAUGCAAAGAGACCAUCCCGAGAGGUUAUUAAAAGUGUCGUUGUAACAAGGUUUCAAGAAGUUUGCGGCAGACAAGAAGCAGCAUAAGCUUAUAUUGAUAUGAUUUGAUACCUCGGAAAGGCCAUGACCGCGGAUGAAUCAAGCAGCUGUGUCUGGAGCAGGGAGCAAGACGUAGCAUUCGAGAAUGCCCUAGCAACCUACCCGGAGGAUUCUUCCGACAGAUGGGAGAGGAUUGCCGCAGAUGUUCCCGGGAAGUCAUUAGAGGAGAUUAAGGUUCACUAUGAGAUCUUAACCGAGGAUGUUAGCAGGAUCGACUCCGGCCGUGUUCCGCUCCCCUGCUACAAUUCUUCUACCUCGGACAACACCUUGGGCCGUGAUGGUGAUGAAGGAACUAGCAAGAAAGGUGGGAACUCCAACUGUGAUUCGAAUCAUGGAAAGUCUAUUAGGGCAGAUCAGGAGCGUCGGAAGGGGAUUCCCUGGACAGAAGAGGAGCACAGGUUAUUCCUUCUUGGUUUAGACAAAUAUGGGAAGGGUGAUUGGAGAAGUAUCUCGAGGAACUAUGUUGUGACAAGAACACCUACACAAGUUGCAAGCCAUGCCCAGAAAUACUUCAUCCGCUUAAACUCAAUGAACAAGGAUAGGAGACGGUCUAGCAUUCAUGACAUCACCAAUGCUAACGGCGGAGAUUCAUCAGUAGUACCCCAAGGAGGACCAAUUGCUACUGGACACACUAAUGGAACUGCCGCUGCCGGAAAAUCCAACAAGCAACUGGCUAUAGCUCCUGCUCCUCCUCCACCACCUCCUGGAGUUGCUGCUAUAUAUGGGGGAACAACCAUUGGACAACCAAUUGGAGUGCCUCUUGUUCCUGCAGUCGGUACACCUAUGAAUCUUCCGCCGCAUGCUCAAAUAGCUUAUGGGACACCUCCCAUCCCUGGACCUGUGGUUUCUGGUGCGCCAGUAAGCCUGUCUUCAUCUUCGCAUAGGUAAACGGCUUUUCUCAUUCAGCCUUUGUACAAUCAGAUAUGAAUAACUUCUGCUUUUCCUUUUUUUUUUCUUUGGAGGGGGGCAUAUUUCAACUCUGAGUCAUCAUCAUAAUAUAAUACUCCAUAUUAUGGUGUCACUAGAAGACAACGCCCACCCUUGAAACUCUUGCAUUCCAUGAAAGUUGAAAUGAAUUGUUUAGAGAGGAUGCUUUUGAUAUAUGUGUAUAGGAAGCUUGUGAUAAUGUAGAACUUUGUUUAGAAAAGUGAGUGCAUUACCAAUUUACUAUGAAGGAGUCGGAGGCGUCCUCACCAAAUUUGGUAGUUCUAAUGCUAAAAAAAAAAAGCAGGGCUAUCCUCCCAUGGAAGUUGUGCAGCACAUGUGAUUUCUCCUUGGGAUGUGUAUAG